AUGGCUACCUCUCGGGUCGUUUAUCCUCCGAAUAAUCCGCUGUACGAGCCAUAUAUCCAUUCUACUUCUUCCCCCAUGGCCUCAUCACCGCCUACAAGGAUAAGAACCAGUGGCAUCUUUACCCGGCGGCUCUCGCUCACGGCAGCGUCUGUUGCUAAUUCAGUCGCCUCGUCCACGCUCUUUGGAUCAUCGCCGCCUGCUUCGCAUGGUUCCUCAUUGUACCAGCAAGGCUCUUUCUUUCGAUCCUCAAGCUCAGCCAUCAGCAGCAAUCCCGCUACCAGCACCUCUUCCGUGAAUGUGUCCUCGGUAGGGAUCAAUAUACCCUCUCCACGUCCCUCUUCAUCAACGGCCAUAGGAGAAGGAGCGGUGUCCUCCUCAAGGCGGCAGCGCAAUCGCAGUACCAGCCACCCCCCUCCACCAAAGUACAAGACGCACCGCACCCCACAACUGCGCAUUUCGCUACAGGAUGCCAUGGGCAACCCUGUCCUUUCACCGCCGGUGAUGGCGCCUGGAGAAUCUGUACGUGGUCAGAUUAAUUUGGAAUUGCCCAAGGCCACUCCUGUCCACUCUAUCGAGAUUUGUCUAACGGGAACGGUGACAGCGCUAGAUGGGACGCGAUUGGGAUCCAUGAAGACAGUUUCUGUUUUAGAAGAGUGCAAGACUGUGGCGACGGCUUCAGUCACUAAUGCCAGGACCAAUACGACCAGACGACAUACUACACCAGCACCGGCAGCGGCAGCUAAUGAGGAUACAUCAAGCAGAGGACGUGGUCGGCGCAGUAGUGUAACGAGUGCGAAUGCGAUACAGGACAGAGCACGCUCCCCUGCCAUCCCGAUCCAGAAUACCAUCGCAGCAGCAGUGGCAGCAACUAUAGCAGCACAAGGGAGUCCACAAAGACCUUCAGCUGAGCAGAUGUCCAGGGCACUCUCGAUGCCCUCGCCUUAUUACUCAUCAAGUUAUAGCACGUCAACAUUGUGCUUGAAUAGACCUAUUUCACCUACACCAGCUGAUCUUAGAGGCAGAAGAGCCAGCUUCUCGGCUAAUGUCGAUACACCCAUCAGCAGCUUUGGAGGCACGCCAGGAAGAGCUGGACGUAACAUGAGCAUGAUUAAUAUCAGCACCUUAAAUCAGUUUCCUUUGGAUGACGAUCCGUCACAGCCAGAGGCACCAUCAUACGAUCCACCAAAUUAUGAGCGAAUCUUUACUUCCACUAUCAACGGACGGUCGUCGGAAGAGAGCUCCAGCACAGACUCGGUCGUUCACUCACAAGGAGAUGCAACAGUGCCGGAUUCAACAGCUCCUAUCAAUAUAGCUGCAGAAGCAAGUACAUCGUCCGCGCCAAUUCCAACGUCAAGCGCGACCAAUAGCUCUGAGAAUGUCUCUAUCGCUACUCAUAGCAGACGGUCCUCUCGGGAAGGCCGUAAUGGCCAAACUGGAUCCGCGCCAGCUCCAGCAACGCCGCCAGCAGAGCCUAAAGCAGUUUUGAUGCAGCCUGGAAACUACGUGAUUCCUUUCUCCAUCCGCAUUCCCUCAAACACCGUUAUGUCUCUUCCAGGAUCGUUUUCUGAUCCAGUCGGCAACAUUAGUUAUCAGCUCAGGGCAAUUAUGAAACAGAUUCUACCGAGUCCGGACCCCUACGAUCCAAAGGCACUCGUUGUCGAGCCAACAUUCACAUCGGCAACACAGGUUGUCAAGUUGAUGCCGAUGAACGACCCCGCAUAUAUGCCUUUAUACAACAUCCCGUUCGAGACAGAGUCUGUGCGCGCCAAUGUUGGACACUGGCUCUGGUCGACGGGCUUCAUGGAGGCGCAUGCAUGGGUUCCCAAGCAAGGCUAUCGUCCAGGUAGAAUAGUUCCGUUGGUCAUUCAUAUCGUCAACCACUCCGAUGCAAAGCAGGUGACUGUAGAAACAACAUUGUGCAGGUGCCUUCACUAUGGCUCGGGAUUAUCGAAGAUCAGAGCAAUGGGGAUUGCAGGGCAGGGCUAUCUCAUGGACCCAGUAUUGGCUGCUUCAGUUGUACCUGAAACCGCCAUGGAGGUUUCUCUGGCAGAUGAACGCGCCGGCGGACGACAUCAGGAAAGGCGUAGAAGUUCUUCGAAUCGUAACAGACCUCAUAGCCAGCAACCGGAUACGUCGAUACCAUCGCCGCCUGCAUCGCCGUAUGGAUCGAACUUCCCAACAACUCCUACAAGUGAACAGGGCGGCGACUCUCCGGAGGGUUCCGUGCAUGGGUCGAGAAUGCCGAGCCCCAAUAGUAUAGCCUCAAUCUCAAGCCAAUGGGGAUCCGUUCACUCCAGCAGCAGUGAUAGCAACAACACGCCAUUGAGCUCGGGUAUCAUCCAGUACAGCCCGGAUACCGACUUGCCUACUCCCUCCACAGCAGUACCAAUCAAUUUGAUACAGACCCCACUACCCAUUGUUCAGCAUCAGCGCGAGAAGGUGUCGAAAUCGAAGACUCUCAUCAACUGUAGCUUGGCCGUCGACCGUGAGAUUCAAAAGACCAUCCCUGUGCUUAUCCCUCACACGGCCGGUUAUUCAAUCCUGAAUGCUCCACUGCUCGAAGUCUCGUAUGAGAUUGUGGUCAAGAUUCGUGCUGAAAAGGUGUACUCGCGGGGUAUCCGACUCUCGGUACCCAUCAUCGUGAUGGUUCCUGAAGAAGGAGAUUUAGAGGAAGAGGAGGAGCUGUUGUUGAGCGCAGGAUUGGCUAGUCCGGCAAUGAUGGCCAGAGAUUUGGGUCUGGCAUUUAGUGGAGACGAGUAUGACCUGGGAGAUCAGGGCGAGUGUCCGCCGUACGAGCUGACAGUGAGUUCAAGCGGUCGACGCCGCAAUGGUCGACGCUGA